GUCUGUCGGGAUCACGCAAGUGCCGAGCAGUCCUUGUUGGUUAGAAGUGUCAGACUCUAAUCCGUCAGAAUUGGCUGUGUCUAUUCAGAUGCUCUAUUCAUCCUUUGAAACUCCGGGGUGGCACCGCACAGGGACCCUUGUUUUCUCUGAAUCGACACGUGACCCUAUUCCGCCUAUUGGUGGAGGAGAACAAUAUCACAGCCAGAGCACGUCAAUUCGAGACGUUCGAGACGCAGGUGGCAUUGUUGUGAGACAAUGUUGACCACUACGGGCUGUGUGAUGCACUCCUAAGCCAUUCUGGCGCAAUAGAGUGUCGCUUUCGCCUGCUAGUGGAUGGUGUCGAGAGACAGUUGGUUUAAUGAUGCAUCCUUGUUACCUGGAUAGAUGUUUUGUGAUGACGUUUAUUUAUGUCAAUUGCAUGCUAUUGUUCUUAGCGACAGUGACCAAUCCCAACCAAAUAUUCAUUUCACCCAUCCUUUCAUCCUGUCAUCCUGUUCUUUUAAGUCCGAUCUCCUUUCCGUAGGACAGUCUUUCGUUGCCACAGUGCAUCUCAUCUAUACCAAUCUUUGCAUUCUUCUCUAUGACUUCUGGCGCUUAUCAGACCGAAUUCUACUCACAAUGCUUCCACCAUCUGAAUCCAUCCUCCACCAAUUCCACAAAUUAGCCGAUUCACAAGAUGAUUCCGGCCAGACAAACACGAUUACACCGCCACCUCCGUACUCUCCUUCCGCUCACAAUCCCCCAAAAGAAUUUGAAGCCGAGUAUGCUGCCUCUCGUGGAGAGACAGACCAAAACAGCCUCAUAACCAUCCACAUCGACGCAUCAAUGAGCAUUCAGGGCAACGCAAACAGCAUCAUCCUCCCAUCAGUGACAGCUCCAGCUCCAGCCCUCAAUCCCCAGGCAUCACCCGCUCCCUCCACCUCCACCGUCCCGCAAUCACCCCCAUACCAGCGCCGUACCAAAUUAACAGACAUGGCCACAUCCAUCAUUACUGCCUUGCAUCGUACGGGUCAUCUCAAUUCCACCGACAACUCCGGUGCAGCAGCAGAAAAUGCAAAUGCAUCACCAUCACCUUCUAUUACGCUGAAUAUCAACACUGGGAUCAAAAUCCUGGGAAGUGGGAAUGUAAUCUGUGUGGGAAUGGGUGGACAGCAGAGAGGAAUGGGCAUGAAUGUGCUAAGGAGGAAGAGGAGGGCUUCUUCUGAACCGCCGGAUGUAGCUACUACUGCUGCUGCUAAGAGGGCGCGGUAG